GGACAAAGCUAGAUUCGUAAUCGAUCACGAGCUCGACCGCGACUACCGAUGCGCCGCGACCCUGCGGCCAUGCACGCACUCACGCCGUGGUUAGCUCCAGCCCGCUGUGUCGCCUCGUAAUCUCGACUUCUGCUGCGGUGACGGGCUCGCUGGCGGGGCCGCCGCGACGAGCGUCGCUAAGAGACUGCUUGCGGCGUGCGUGCAUGCGAGAGAGAGUGUGAGAGUGUGUGAGUGAGUGAGUGAUCGAGUAGCCUGGCGGUCAGCCAGAGCUGGAGGGCGCCCCGUCUCUGACACCACCACCGCUAUAGUCUGUUGUUCACUCUUUCUCGCUUUGUCUCUUUGCCUGGCCUUGUGCGCUCCAGGUACCAAUCUGUUAGUGCUGUUGCCAGUGGAGCGGCUUUGUUCCCUCUCUCUCUCUCUCUCUCUCUUUUUCCUCCUCGUCUCUCUAGGCUAGUCUGGCUCGAUCGAUUGCACAGGUGGUUUGCUUGUUGCGCAGAGGAUUCGCUGGAGUGGGGUCCAACUGCCCCCACUGAAUUACGCCAAUCACACAGACCCGUCGCCUUGAGGCGUCGAGCUCGUGUCGAGCGGCACGAAUAAUGGAUAGUUGGGGUAUUGGUGUUGGGGAAGGAGUUUGUGAGCGGAUGAUGAUGUGGGUGGGAGUGAGAUGGGUCACUUCGGCGAUUUGAUGAUGGGCAGCGAUGCUGUAGGUUUGGAGAGGAGGCGGAGAGGGUGAGGGUGAGGGUGAGCGUUGGUCUUAGUUUUUGGUUUGUAACCGAGGGAGAGGUGAGGUGGUUGUAGCCACGGAUCGGUAGUUGAGCGUCGGUUUGGAUCAUUGCAUCUGGAGUUGCUCGCACUGUUGGAACGGAACUCGGGUGCAUUGGGAAGCGCAGGGCAUUGCAUUGCAUCUCGAGGACGAGCUGUGAGGAAGGCGUGUCGGUGGGUGGUGGUUUUGUGACAGUUUCGUGCGGGCAUUGAUGCAAGCCAUUGUCAUUUGGGCUUUCCAGUUGUGGUUUUGGGUGAACACGUGUGAGGGAGCAUUUGAUGGGAAGAAGAUGACCCAAAGUCGAUAUUAUUCUGCGGUGAUGACACCGCCAGUGUGGAGAACGAUGCGUGGUCUGAAUUAGAUCACCGAGCCAGGGAUUACACUUCCGUGUCAUGUUUAUCGAUUUGAAAACAGUCGAGGAAAGCUUUUCUCUGUAGCACCACUUGGUUACCACUGGAAUAUUAGGCUAACUUUACAGUUUCAUCGUCACCCGGUCUCCUUGGCAAAUAGAUCUGUAACAACCGACCAACUGUGAGGUGGUCGGUCACUUCUUGGUGCGUCUUCCCGGACUCAGAUUGGUGGUUGCUUUUGGUGGAUGAGGAUCUGAGAACUGGUGACAAUUAGUGAAAUGUUUUGCAAAUUACUCCUACGUCUCGUACGACUUCCACUGAAGGGAAUGUCGGUGUUUAUACUGAGCAGGUGUUGAUUGAGUGCAUGUAAUCUGGCUGCAGCAUCCAGAAGAUCUAUGCAACGGUACCACCUUCUUCCAAAGCGUUUCAAAGUUAAUGCAAGUCAUGAGUGGAUAUAGGCUUGCCUGUAGAAAACCCAUUCUACCUUCAACAUCAAGUUCAUGAAAUGAGCUUGUCCACACCUGGAAGCAUUUAAUGUGAGAUGGGACGCUUGGGUGGGACAUCUCAGGUCACAAGACCCCUGUAUUCUGAGGAAUUGAAGGGCGAGUAUUUGAUAGAGCUGAAGAUGGCGUCGGACAUCACCACAAGCGAGCUUUCGAAGAAAACGGACAUCUUUGGAUUGAAGCUGUGGGUAGUGAUAGGAGUAUGUGUCUGCCUAGUAAUUAUUGCAACUCUCUUUCUACUGUGGCUAUGGCUAUUAUCCCGGCGCAGGUCAAAGAAGGACAAGCUUCCCUUGCACCAGGUUUCCGAUGUGAGCUCGAAGGUAAUCAAGGAGGUGAAGAUAGAUAGGGCUGGCAACACAUACCUCCCGCCGCCUGACCCCGUUCUUCUAACCAUCAGUGAGAACUCUGGGGAUAAGGAUACUAUGGAGAAGGGCGUGGUUCAUGUCGGGGAAACGAAACAUUCAAGCUUCAAGAACCCCAUCAUGUGGAAGGGGGACAGGGAGAAGACGGGAUAUGCGGGCGAAGUCGUCAUUCGAACACACGAUAUCACUGUUGAGCGGCACGAGAAGCCGAGCUCGCUCAAGUUUGAAGCCAACCAGGAAAAGGGCUCCUUUCUGAGUCUGUCGGGCGGCUCUGGCUCUACCAGGAGCCUCGACUCGCCUGUCUCUGCCGUGCCAGAGGUUUCUCAUUUAGGGUGGGGUCAUUGGUACACCUUGAGGGAGCUAGAAGCUGCCACAAAUAGCUUCGCUGAUUCGAACGUCCUAGGGGAAGGGGGUUAUGGGAUUGUGUACAGAGGCCAGCUGCCUGAUUCCACCUUGAUAGCCGUCAAAAAUCUCCUUAACAACAGAGGUCAGGCCGAGAAAGAGUUCAGAGUGGAAGUGGAAGCAAUUGGACGCGUCCGGCAUAAGAAUCUGGUGCGGCUUCUAGGGUAUUGCGCGGAAGGUGCUCACAGGAUGCUUGUGUACGAGUACGUGGACAAUGGGAAUCUGGAGCAGUGGCUACAUGGACCUCUGUCACAAACAAACACACUUCCAUGGGAAGCUCGCAUGCGGAUCGUCAUGGGUACAGCUAAAGGAUUGGCAUAUUUGCAUGAGGCUUUGGAACCGAAGGUUGUACAUCGAGAUAUCAAGUCCAGCAACAUUCUUGUGGAUGCACAGUGGAACGCAAAGGUGUCUGAUUUUGGACUUGCCAAGCUUCUUGGCUCUGGCGAUAGCCAUGUCACUACGCGUGUCAUGGGUACUUUCGGGUACGUAGCGCCGGAGUACGCGAACACGGGCCUGCUGAAUGAGCGAAGCGAUGUGUACAGCUUUGGGGUGCUUCUCAUGGAGAUCAUCACGGGGCGAGAUCCUGUGGAUUACAACCGCGCUGCGGGAGAGAUCAAUUUGGUAGAUUGGUUGAAGCAAAUGGUGGGCAAUAGGCGCUCAGAGGAAGUGGCGGAUCCAGGCAUGGAUGUGAAGCCAACUUCGCGGGCCCUGAAGAGGGCUCUUCUAGUGGCUCUGCGGUGCGUGGACCCAGACGCUCUGAAAAGACCCAAAAUGGGCCAUGUCGUCCACAUGCUCGAGGCUGAAGAGUUCCCCUUCCGUGAUGAUCGGAAAGCUGGAUCGAGCCACCCUCGUUCUUACCGCACGGAGGCCCAAAACCAAGAGCGGCUGCUUCAGCGGCUCUCCAAGGGGCAGCCAGCCGAAGUCGAAAGUGACAACUCUGUCGACGACAGUCCCUCGAACCUGAACUUUGUGAGACGCGCCCGCGGAUACGAGAAUCUAGCCACCAGCUCGCCUCGCAGGUACGAAGGAUGAGAUGCACGGAUGCCAACCCCAUCGUUACAUCGCGACCAAUCAAUCUCGUCGAGUCGAGGCCGUGCUCGUAACGAUGAAACCAUCUCCGCAACACCCUUGUCAGGCGUGCGUGGAGUUGAACCCUGCUACCACUGUUCCACGUCUCAGCCUCCGAGGUCCUUUGCUCUAGAUGGCCUCUGAGCAGAUUCCAAUCCAGGGAUUGUGUAGGAGGAGCGUUCCAGAUGUGUGGGGUGGAUGUAAGUAAUAUACAUUGACUGUACUUUUAUAGGAACCUCGGGUGUCGGAGGGGGAAAGAAUUGGUUGUGGACUCCGCAUACUAACCACGAGCAGUUUUUUUUUUUUUUUUUUUUUUUUUUUUUUCCUUUUUCCUUUUCAUACGCCGUUCUUUUCCUGAUCUAUUUUCCCAGUGUGUCUUCUCCACUCAGUUCUGAAUGUCACGGCUUUCAGCUCUCAUCCCGCUAGUUGUAGUUUGUUGGCAGUCUGUUCAUUGACAUGCCCACUUACACCAUCAGGUGCAUUGGAGACUGUUGUUGCCUUCCGAGAUAUGUCGAGGGAUGCGGCACUGGUGGAGCAAUCUCGCUUGUUCGUGGCCCAGGCCCUUGAAUCGACCGCCACCACCACGUUUUCCUGCUCACCGUGGCUAAGUUGCUCCCACUGCCACUGUCACCACAUGCAACUGACAUCGUGUUUCUGGAAACACGUCAACCUUCUUUGGAGUUGCUGGAGGUUGGCUGUGUGCCUGCGGCGAUAUAAACCCCUGCUUAUGGAUAUACUGCCGGAGUGAUUUGUAUCAGCAAAAAGGAAAAUUCUUCCACAUGCCUCAGUCUUUUUUUUAGAAGUCUUGAGGUCAUUAAGUUUCCUCUGAAAUUAUCAUGUAGAAUUCAAGCUUUUCACAUCAGUUUCCUACAAUUCAUGUGUAUUAGUAGAACAUGUGGUUCACCAUUAACAUAAGAUUUCAUUGUGCAAGUUGAGAGAAUGGACUUGUUUGAACAUGAUCAUAUUAAGAUGAAGUUCUAGUUUUUUUUAUUCAA